UCAUGUCUUCUUUCACUCGGAAAAUGUGUUCAUGGUUUAGUACUACUUUUUUGUUGGAUUGUUUUGUUUUAAUUGUUAUUUGUGAUGCUAUCUAGUGUCUGCCUUCCUGAUAAAUUCUUUGGGCUUAGUUGGUAUUGAUUCUCGAUAAACGUGGCUUGAUGGAAAUUAUGCUAUUUGAAUUGAUAGAUUAUGAUGCUGUUUUUUUGUGGUAAGGUGCAUUUAGUAUCUAAAGGGUGAAGUUUGAUGUCAUAGGGAAAGAUGAAAUAAGUUUUUCCUUAAGCUAAUUGUUUUGUGAUUUAAAUAACCAGAGUAUGGAUACUCUGACAUGAUGGAGUUUUUACAUUUAGUUUCUGGUUUACUAAUAUAUCUUAACGAAACUCUGUACAGUUUAGAUGAUUGCAUUUAAAUGCUAAACUAAAAUUCAAUUUAUAACUUAUUAGAGAUCUGUGUUGUAUAUAGUUCUUUUCAGGUUUGUUAUUAAGAUCCAGUUUGAAUAUGUCACCAUGUGGACAAAUUUGCUUGGAAGUUCUUUUUUGUCAGGAUGGCAAGACCUUUGAUACAUUGGAGGGUGCUGAUCCGUCAAGCUUAGCCAAUAAGGUUGCUAAACUUGCAGGCUCAAUUAACCCUGGAGAAGCUGCUUCUCCUGCCAGUCUUGGGAUGGCUGCUGGAUCUGCCGUUCUUGAAGCCGUGAAAGAUUUAGCUAAAGAAGAUGCAUUAAAGGAGAAAACUGUAGUUGAACCAGGGCUUAGUGGUCCUCUUAAGAAGCGAUUGCAGCAACUUGUUGACUCUCAUCCUGUUUUCCUUUUCAUGAAAGGAACCCCUGAAGAGCCAAAGUGUAAAUUUAGCAGGAAAGUUAUUGAAGUGUUGAAGGAAGAAAAAGUCAAGUUUGGAAGUUUUGAUGUCAUGUCGGAUUCAGAGCUUCGUGAAGGCUUGAAGAAGUUUUCAAAUUGGCCAACAUUUCCUCAGCUGUACUGUAAAGGGGAGCUUCUUGGUGGGUGUGACAUAGCAGUUGCUAUGCAUGAGAAUGGGGAAUUGCGAGAAGCUUUUAAAGAUCACGGAAUUGAUACCAUUGGUAAAGAAAAAGAAUCAGGAGAUGCCAAAGGCGGGAUAUCUAAAUCUACUAAUUUGAGUGCUGGCUUAUCAUCUAGACUGGAAAGUCUGAUAAAUUCUAAUGCAGUUAUGCUGUUUAUGAAAGGACAACCAGAUGAGCCAAAGUGUGGUUUCAGCAGGAAGGUAGUUGAAAUUCUCCGGCAAGAGAGCGUACCCUUUGACAGUUUUGACAUUCUUACUGAUGAGGAAGUUCGUCAAGGGCUUAAGAUUUAUUCAAACUGGUCCAGUUAUCCUCAGCUGUAUAUCAAAGGAGAGCUUAUUGGGGGAUCAGACAUUGUGUUGGAGAUGCAUAAAAGCGGAGAACUUAAGAAAACGUUACACGAGAAAGGGAUUAUUCCUGCAGAGACCAUUCAAGAUCGAGUGAAGAAAUUGAUUGCCUCAUCCCCUGUGAUGCUCUUCAUAAAGGGUACCCCAGAUGAACCAAAAUGUGGUUUUAGUUCCAGAGUUGUUGAAGCCCUUCGACAGGAGGGCCUGAGUUUUGGGUUUUUUGAUAUAUUGAGUGAUGAGGAUGUGAGACAGGGAUUGAAGGUAUACUCAAAUUGGCCAACCUAUCCUCAGCUCUACUACAAAAGUGAGCUGAUUGGUGGUCACGACAUUGUGAUGGAGCUGAAAAAUAAUGGGGAGCUGAAGUCGACCUUAUCUGAGUAGGAUUAUUAUGAUUCCAUUCUGGUUGUGUAUGGGUAUUCAGAACAAGUGUGAUUGACAAUCAUACAUGGCGAUUUUGAUCCUGGUGUCAGGAGUGUGUUUGAUAACGUUGUAACAAUCUAGAUGGUUACUUUUAUAUACGUCGUCAGUGAUUAUGAAUGCUAGUUUUCUGCCCUGUGAAAAUUUUAAGCCUUUUAUAUACUUUUGACAGUGAUUCUGAA